CCAAAUGCUAAAUUUGUCAAAACUAUUAUAAAUUGUUUGUUUGCACAGUACUAUCUAAAUUAGUGCCAGAUCAGAACACAUUUUAGUAACUAUACUGCUACACUGACAUCUUCUACACUGCUACACCACAAUAUCUGCUACACUACAACAUGAGACUGAAGGAUCUGGAUGGAAUUUUCUUGGUGGUAGCACUGACCCUGUCAGAUUCCUUGCAUGUGCUUGGAGGAAAUGAUCAUGAAGGCAUGGACAACUGUGAUAGCAAGUUAUAUUUAUACCAAAAGUAUCAUGACUGCGAAGAAAUCUCACGCCUUGUAACGGAAUACUAUCCAAGUGUGGGUAUUGAGGAGAGUUUUGCUGCACAAGUUGGAGAGUACAAAAAAUGCCAAGAAGAACUUCUGGAUUGUGCUCUAAUGUUUGCAAGAAAUGAAGCGAAAAAGAAAAACAUCGAGGUGGAACUCUGGCUACUUCAAGAAGGAAGGAACGAUGAGGACACAAAAAAACUUCUCAUGGAGGUGAACAACUACACAAACAAAAGAAAAGUGUCCUUCCCCAUUAGGAGUUGGAGGAACAUACAACAGAGGGAUCAGGAGAACGAGACUUAUACCAGUUGGAUAUUUUCAAAGGCAGUAUCAACUGUAAGCUAUGUAUGCAGCAGCUUGUACACCUGGUGGACAACUCCCUCGACGGAGGAGCUGCCAGAGGAUGUGGUCUAUCCAGGAGGUCCUGACUUUCCACGAAAAAAAAAUAAAAGAGGACAUAACGUGAGAUUUAGCUUACAGAACCUUAUAGAAACCAGACAUACCUAUGAAGUAGACGAUGAAAAACAAGUAAAACAACAACAACAACAACAACAACAACAAACAACAACAAACAAGUAAAACGAUGAAGUAAAAAUUA